AUGCAAGGAUCUUGUACACCUCGCGCAGCCGAAUCACACUCCUCUCCUUCCUGUUCACCUUCCUCUCCCAAAACUCCUUACUCUCUCCCCCGCUCCACCCGCCCCUCCUCCCCUCCAGGCUCCUUCACGGUGCUCAACUGCUACCCGUUUUUCCUGUUCAAGGACGCCAACGGGAAGGACGGGAACGGGAUAGUGAGCUACGACUAUGUGUUGAGUCGACUCAAAACCCGUCCUUCCUCAAUGAUCCCCAUUCCCCGUCCCCGUCCUCCUACAGGCUACUUGAUGGUGCUCAACUGCUACCCGUUCUUCCCGUUCAAGGACGCGAAUGGAAAGGUGAGCUAUGACUACGCCAUGUACCGCGGGUACAAAGGCUUCCAUGAUGGGCGGUGCUACUACCAGAACCUCAUGGACGCCAUGCUCGAUGGUGCCGUGUGGGCCUUUGAGAAGCUCGGCUACCCUGACAUGCCGUAUAUGAUCGGAGAGGCAGGGAGGCCCACGCUCCUCAACUCCAAGCGCUGGAUCACGGGCUUUCUAGCCCGCACAAACUCCCUUCGCGGCACGCCCAAGCGCCCUGACAUGCCCAUCCGUGCCUUCCUCUUUGAACUCUUUGACGAGGAUCUCAAGGACACCUCCCGGACCACGGUGGGCGGCAGGGUGUCGUGGGCGUGUUGGAAGGAAGGGGGAGGGUUGGACUGCGCGAGGGUGGGGAGUAAGUGCGGCGCGGAGAUGAAGGUGACUGCGGUGUACAACGCAUGGUUCCAGAAGCAGGGCCGGACGAGCAAGGCGUGUGACUUUGGCGGCAUGGCGCAGGUGACUAUGAGGAGCCCGUCCAAGGGGGCUUGCCAACUGCAUGGGUGGCCACUGGGGGUCAAGUGA